AUAAGUACACACAUGAAUAAUAUGCACGCACACAGGUUUUAAUGACGGUGGGGGUUGCUGUGGUUUAAGUGCAGGAACACACACACACACACACACACACACACACACACACACACACACACACACUGGUUUACUCACACUUAUCAAACACACACAUUCAUGCAAAUGUACUCGCAUAUACUUGCACUCCCAGACACACACACACACACACACACACUCUGCCUCCGUCAGACAGGACCUGUUCGCCUGUUCAGUAUGUGGGAGGGAUCUCUGCUGACUGACCGGCAGGAUGGAUGGACAGACAGACAGAUGGAUGGAUAGGAGGACACCUGGAUCACACAUGGACACAAGUGUCAGACAUAAUUGACAGAUCUUCUUUAAUCCUAUCAUGUCCCAGAUGAGAGACUGCAGGGAUGAUUCUCAUUGCUUUAACAGUCUCUGUCCUGUGCCUGUUUCCCCAGGCUGCGCUGUCUCUGUGGGCGUGUGCACGCUCCUGCCCAGCCUCUUGCACGUGCACGCUGGAGAAGAGCUGCAGUGUGUUGUGUGACCGCUCGGGCCUACCCGACCUGCCCCGGGAGUUCCCCUGUGAAGCAUCCUCCAUCAACCUGGACAAGAACAGCCUUAAGUUCCUGUCUGAGAGGGCCUUUGGUACCCUGCCGUCCCUCAGGUCCCUGUCCCUGGACCACAACAACAUCUCCUUCAUCACUCCUGGGGCCUUCAAGGGUCUGCCCAACUUAGUGGAACUGAAGAUGGCCCACAACGAAUACAUCCGUUACCUCCACACCCGCACCUUCACCGGGCUCAAACGCCUGGUCCGACUGGACGUGGCCGACUGUAACCUCUUCAACAUGCCCGACCGGAUCUUUCUAGAAAAUUAUGCUCUGAAGGAACUCUUCUGCUUCCAGAACAACUUCCGAAGGAUUCCUGGAGCGUUCCGCGGGAUGGAGAACCUGACCCACAUCUACCUGGAGCGGAACAAGAUCGAGGCGGUGGCAUAUAACUCUCUCCUGGGCCUGGGGAACCUCAGGUACCUGAACCUCCAGGAGAACCGCAUCAACGUGAUCCACGACCAGUCCUUUCAGGACCUCCUGCGCCUGGAGAACUUCUACCUCAACGACAACCUGCUGUCUGAGCUGCCUCGGGUGGCCUUCAAGGGCCUUAGCCGCCUCAAGAUGCUCAACCUGGGGGGCAACCAGCUCACCAAUAUCUCCAAGACCUGGUUCAGCGACCUGGUGGAGCUGGAGGUCCUCUACCUGGACCGCAACCGCCUGGUCUAUAUCGAGGAGGGCUCCUUUGAGAACCUGACCAGUCUGAUCACCCUCCACCUCAACAGCAACAACCUCAGCUCCCUGCCCUUCCCCGUCUUCCAGCCUGUCUACUUCAUCGGACGCCUCUACCUCUUCAGGAACCCCUGGGAAUGUGACUGCUCUCUGGAGUAUCUUAAGGAGUGGAUGGAGAGUUAUAAGUUGGUCCGGGACAUCCCCUGCGCCUCCCCGUCCUCCGUGGUCGGCCUGGAUCUGAGCGAGGUAGUCUUCGCCAGGGUGAAUGGGUCGUGCCUGGAUCCGGGGGAGCUGAACCUGACCACGAUGUCUUCGGAGAUCCUCUCGACCACGGAGAACCGUUUCAACAGCCUGAUCUCCAAGCUGCUACAGCAGGAGCUCAGGGAAGAGGUGGGGAACGGGACGGAGAGCCUGAGGAACGGGACCCUGUUGGACCCCGCAGAGGGACUCAGCGCUGGGAUCAAAGGGGCAGACGUCAGCCAAUCACUGGUCUCAUUGUUGGUGAUGUGGUGUGUCUUCUGGAUGACGAUUGGCCAAUCGGAUGUGGAUUUCCUGUUUGGGCAUGUGACUGGGACCUGAGAGAUGGAAGAAUGUGGUUGUGUUUCGUAAAAUUGGGUGAUUUCUUCCCCCCAUUGGGAGGAAAGCUGUUUUGAAUGAAGAACGAUACAGACAAGUCAAUCUUUGUUGGAUGUUUGAGUAUCUGACUGUCCAAUGAAGUCUUGUGGAGUAUGUGAGUUUCCUGCUGAUGAAAACUCACAUUUGUUUGUUGUUCACCCUUCGAAAUGAAAGGAAUAAGUAAUACAACAGGUUCAGAUCACAUGGAUACAGGCGGAACUGAGAGGGUGGCUCAUGUAAAACACUGAACUGCUUGAUAUUUGACAGCACAUAUUUGUCUUGUACUAUGCAGAAUGCUUGUUGUAUUGAAACCAUGGAUUAUUGCAAAGGUUUAGAUUUCAAUACCUUCCUUGUGUUAAAUAACAUUCUCUAAUGAAUGAUAGCAUUCAUUCAUAUUAUAUAAUAUUUAAAACAUGAAUGUGUUCCCUGUAACAUUAAUAAACAUUAUUCUAAUUAAUGUAAAUGUCUAAACGCUUACAGGUCAAGUCAUCAGCGCCUUUAUAUACUCGACAGAUAUUUUCCUCCCUCAUUCUUCUUGUUUUAAUCAUUCAACUCAGUAAAUGUAGACUGUGCAGCUUUUCAUAAAUGCAUUAAUCUUCUUACAGCGUGCUCCUCUUUGCCUUGUAAGCCUCUGUCUAGUCUAGCACAAUUUUACAGAGGGAGUUUAUCAUUGCGUUUGCCUCUUAUGGACCUGAUUUCCCUUAUGUAUAUACAGUAUGUUGUAGUCAAUAGGGAAAAUGAUCAAAAAGACAGAAUGAACUGCAUUCUUGGGAUGAUCUACAGUACUGUAUUGACUGUCACAUGACAAUGUAUCAAUAGACUAUCAAAACACUCCCUUUUUGAGUUAGAUUUGUACUGUUGAUGAUGCAGCAUACAUUUCAUACACAGUCUUUUUGCACAGUAAAUAUGCAAUUUUGUAUACGGGUGUGCAUAUUAACACCUAUAUUUUUGUUUAAAUAGGUACAACUAUUCAUGAUUUGAUAUGUAUAAUUUCAUAUGUUUCCUAUGACCACAAUGUUUGCUAAAUGUCACUUGCCAAACCAGUGAUUUAGUUAAAUGGUGUUCGUUGGCAUAAUAUAAUUUUUAAUAUUGACCUUACUCCUUCACAGAGCGAUGUAUACUAAACUCUUAACACACGACUCUGCUCCUACACAUUAUUUAGGGCUAGAUUCAAUCUGUUUCGAGGAAGAUCCUUGUUAUAGCACAAUGAAAGUGUAAAGGUCAUUUCCAAUUGAGCCGACAUAUGCAGCGCGUACCGUGAAUGCGGUCUCUGCGAACACUGGAACAUUGCCUUUAAAUUUCAAUCACCCUAUAGCGCCGAUCUUUCACGCUAUGGAUUUAAUCUAGGUCUUAGAUUUCCUUCCAACAGUUUGAACUUUGACCCUGAUCUGCUAAGGAUGUCCUUUUAGCCUAGUGGAAACGUCAACCCACCUGGUGAAGUAAUGGUGAAUCUGCUGUUAAUGUGAGAUGAGGUCUAGGGCUAUGGGUGACAAACUACUGGAAUGGGCUGGACGCUGCAAGGCCAUGGUGUCAUAUUAGAUCACUGUGAUUUACUUUAUGUAUUAUUACCAUGUAUUAUAUAAUGCAUUAAUGUAUUUAUUUAAUGUAUUAAUGUUGGUGUUAUUUUUUUAUUUAUAAACUGCUGAGAGUUAGGGAUUAUAUUUCUCCCUUUUUGUAUUUGGACUGAACCACUAGGGAACUGGAUGAGGAGGGCGAUGGUGUGUCCUGACUGUGAUCAUGAUAAUGAGCUAGGUGGAGUUUUCUCCAUUUUACUUGCAACCGUCCAGCUCUUUCUGAUCUAACCCUAAGGGGUCUUCAAAAAGUGUCUAAGGUUUAGGGGUUAGAGGUUAAGUGGGAGUGAACGUGCGAUAGAGAUGAACUGUACUGUGGGGCUUAAAGUAAAAUGAAUGACUGAUUAUUGAGAGACGCUGCUUAUGAACCUGAAUAAACAUCAUGUUCUCUGUGUGUGUGUGUGUGUGUG